AUGGCUACAGUCCGGAUCUGUGUCUGCGGGGACGAGGGAACAGGAAAGUCGAGCCUGAUCACCUCCCUUGUCAAGGGAGUUUUUGUCACGAACAAAAUCCAACCUAUUCUCCCACAAAUAACCAUCCCUCCUACGAUCGGAACACCCGAGAAUGUCACGACGACGACUGUGGUCGACACCUCCGCUCUUCCACAGGAGCGGAACAAUCUUGCCAGAGAAAUCCGGAAAUCAAAUGUGAUAUUAUUGGUGUACUCCGACCACUAUAGCUAUGAGCGGGUGGCUCUUUUCUGGCUGCCAUACUUCCGGUCACUCGGUGUCAACGUGCCUGUCGUGCUCUGUGCCAACAAGUCUGAUCUUGCCGCGGAUCAUACCGAGACCCAAGUUAUCGAAGAUGAAAUGUUACCGUUGAUGUCGGAGUUCAAGGAGAUUGAUUCAUGCAUCCGGACCAGUGCUCGCGAGCAUCGAAAUGUCAACGAGGCAUUCUUCCUUUGCCAGAAAGCGGUUACCCAUCCCAUCGCGCCCCUAUUUGAUGCAAAAGAGUCUGCCCUGAAACCGGCCGCGGUCGCGGCAUUACAGCGCAUUUUCUAUCUCAGCGACAAAGAUCGAGAUGGCUACCUAUCCGAUAAGGAAAUCAAAGAUUUUCAGAUGCGUUGCUUUGAGAAACCUUUGAGCGAAGAGGACCUGAUUCAUAUCAAGGAGACAAUCCAGAAAACGCACCCUGGCUCUGUGACGCCUUCAGGCAUAGAUUGUCAAGGAUUUAUCCAUCUCAAUAAGAUGUAUGCAGAGAAAGGGCGACACGAGACGGUCUGGAUUAUUCUUCGCGCAUUCCAAUACACUGACAGCCUUUCCUUACAGGAGGGCUACCUCCACCCUAAAUUUGAGGUGCCCCCCUUUGCUUCCGCCGAGCUGUCGCCUGAGGGGUAUCGCUUCUUUGUGAACCUCUUUCUUCUGUCUGAUAAGGACAAUGAUGGUGGGCUCAACGAUGCGGAGCUCGCAUCUCUCUUUGCGCCAACACCAGGACUGCCUUCAUCCUGGAGCGACGGUUCAUUCCCAUCGUGUACUGUCCGAAAUGAGGCUGGCCACGUAACUUUACAGGGUUGGCUGGCGCAAUGGAGUAUGACAACGUUUACAUCGCCCAAGACAACGUUGGAAUACCUUGCAUAUCUGGGGUUCGAGUCCUCAGAUCGAAGUAAUCCUUCUACGACGGCGGCGCUCAAAGUUACCCGACCACGAAAACGAAGAAAGCGUCCCGGGCGGGUAGGUCGCAACGUGGUACUCGGUCAUGUUGUAGGAGCUCCAGGAUCAGGCAAGUCGGCUCUGCUUGACGCCUUUCUGUCCCGUGGCUUCAGUACGAUGUAUCAUCCCACUAUCCAGCCACGAACUGCAGUCAACACUGUUGAACUACCUGGGGGUAAGCAGUGUUACCUGAUCAUGGACGAGCUCGGAGAGCUGGAGCCCGCUAUACUCGAAAAUCAGGCAAAGCUCCUAGAUCAGUGCGAUGUAGUCGUAUACACAUACGAUUCGUCCGAUCCCGAUUCAUUUGCACAUAUACCGACGCUCAGGGCAAAAUACCCACACUUAGAGGAGCUUCCAAGUGUUUAUAUCGCUCUCAAGGCUGAUCUGGAUCGCACGACUCAGCGGGCAGAGUAUCAGCCCCACGAAUACACGGCAAUGCUGAACAUGCCUGGGCCUCCCCUCCAUGUAAGCGUCACCUGGACCUCGAUCCAAGAGGUGUUUGUACAUAUUGCCGAAGCGGCUAUGGAACCCAGCACGGCUUUUCCACGAAGUGAGGAGGAUGUUGAAGGGAAAUGGAUGGCGUGGGGAAUUGCGCUAGGAGCAGUGGUAUGCGCCGGAGCUGCCGCAGUCAUGAUUUGGCGACGAGUCAGCGGCAGCGGGGCUUGA